UAUUUACAUCUCCAUAGAAACUAGCAUCAUGGCGGAGUCGGUUCCAGUAAAUUUGGAAAUUUACGGUUUAUUGAACGAUAUUAACUUUGUAAGAGCAAAAUGUUGUGCAGAGGAUCUAUUCAAACAGAACCCAAGCAUUUUCAACGAACCUGUUAUCAGAGGAAUGGUACAGUUCGAAUGGGAUCUGUUCAUAGAAAAUAAGAAAAAGGAGUUGAGAGGUGAAGCUUGGUCUUUUAAUGAGACAGCAAUAACUUUCGUAAAUAACCAGAUGAUAGGUGGUCCAAAUGAAUUCUUAACAUGGGCAGAGGAAAACUACCAAUUUCAAGAAUUUCGUCCAACACCUUUAUACGAAACCCUCACAGAAGAAGGUUUUAAAAAUUUGCUCAAUUCAAGAAAUCAUGAAUAUGUUUAUCUAGAUGUUUCUAUUGGAGAUGAACCAGUUGGAAGGCUUACCAUAGAACUAUUUACAGAUAUUGUACCAAAAACUUGUAGUAACUUUAAAUCAUUGUGUAUAGGAGAUAAAGGAACAUGUAUUGAAACAGACAGUAAAUUAUGUUACCAGAAUACUCUAUUCCAUAGAAUAGUUCCCAAUGGUUGGAUCCAGGGUGGUGAUGUUUAUCACAGUCGAGGAAAUGGUGGGGAAUCUGCUUUUGGAACAGUAUUUGAAGACGAAAAUUUUGCUAUUCCGUUUGUAAAUCGAGGUAUAGUUGGAAUGGCUAACAAAGGAAGACAUAGCAAUGGUUCUCAGUUCUUUAUUACACUUCAACCAGCACCUUGGAUGAACACCAAAUAUGUAGCAUUUGGUCAAGUUAUCGAAGGUACUGAAACACUGAAGAGGAUUGAAGAACAAGAGACUAUGAAUGAAAGACCUGUAAAAGAAGUUAAAAUAACAGAAAGUGGUGUGUGUACAUAUGAAUUCUAAUCUGACCAUCUUGAUCUUGAAAGUUUUCUCUUGUCAGUUUUACACUAAGAUAGGAUUACUGCAACAUUUGUGAUAUUUCUGUUUGUUGCUACAAAAAUCAUAAUGCAAUAUGAAUGGAUAUGAGAUAUUAAAGUUUUUAACUGGUUUACUAAAGCCUUUGAUUUUAACUGCUAAAUUCAUGUAAAAACUUGAUAUUUUGUAACAGAUUGUGCAGAUCUGUCAUUUUUUUUUUCACAGCUGAAGCAGAGCAAUAAAUUCAUAUCAUUUAAUUUAUUUAUAAAUCAUUCUGUUAUUUUGUUUUUGUUACAACUUUAUACAAUAUGUUUAAAUAUUGUCCUUGUAGUUAACAUAGUAUCUUUAUGUUAACAUCUGGUUAAUUACCUCAAUGCUGACUAUUAUUCAUUUCAAUAUUUCAUGUUUCUAUGUAAUAUUUAUACGGUCUACUUCUAAUUCUAUUAUGAGCUUAUUUUAGUUGAAGUUACUUGGAAUAUAUAGUAAAAUGGUUUUAAAAUGUAUUAAGAAACAUAAACUUGAUACUUGUUAAAAUA